AUGGCUGAAAGUAAUAAUAAUAGUCCCGAGGAUAUUCCUAUGCUUGAAAGUUCUCAAGGUUCUCAUAGUAAUUGUGAUAAUCCUUCUGAUGAUAAGCUCCCUAAAUUAAGUUGUAAACAUUCUGAUUCAGUGGAUGUGAAGGACUUUAAAGAGAAAUUAUUGAAAUUUAAAGAUAUCAAAUGUGUGAAUUGUGGUGAUAAUAAUGAGAGUGGUGUAAAAGUAAAAGUUGAACCUUCUGAACCUGAUUCGAUAGCUACCACUGAAAGGAAUGAAGGAGGAGAUCUAAAAAAUGAAGACUCGGCGUCAUCAAAGAAUGCUGAAACCUUAACGAAUCCAAAUAUUUGGAUCUGUCUUAUUUGUAGUGAACCACAUUGUGGUCGAGAAGCCAAAGGGCAUGCGAACAAACACUAUGAAGACAAUAAAGAACAUGCCCUUUCAAUUGAUUUUGUAGAUAGAAGGAUUUGGUGUUAUAAAUGUGAUGAUGAGCCUAGCAUUAAUGAUGUUUUAACUGAAGAAGAAGACGAAGAACGAGUACAAGAUUAUGAAUUAGCAAAAAAAAGUCGGAAAAAUCGAGUUCGAGUUACCGCGCCAGGAUUGAGUAACCUCGGAAACACUUGUUUCUUCAAUUCUGUCAUGCAAGUGGUUGUGGGUACUUCUGUACUUCAUGAUAUACUUAUACCGACGAAUCCUUACCAUAAUCCGCCACAUAUUGAUUCAAUUAAAUGUAUAGCGGCUACAGAGGAUAAUGUCGAUGAUCUCACCGAUGCUUUUAAAAAAUUUCUUCUACAGAUGUGGCGUGCUCAGGAUAGUAUAGUUGCACCGAGAGAAUUAUUUUCCGAGAUUUCUAGAAAAUGGCAACAAUUCCGUGGAUGGCGACAACAAGAUAGUCAAGAACUUAUGCGCUUUUUAUUUGAUGGAAUAAAAAGUGAGGAGCUCAAGCUGAUAAAGAGAUAUUCUUCAAAGCCUUCAAAAAAAAGAGAUCAAGAGAUAUGCAUGUCAUAUGAUGAAGACCAUUCCGAUGAUGAAAGAUCGGAAGAUUCAGAUGAUGAAAAGCAAGAUGACAAAAAAUAUGAAUCUUUUAUUGACGCUUGCUUUGGUGGAAAAUUAGUUAGUGUCAUUGUAUGUGAUGUUUGUAAAAAUUGUUCGUAUUCGUACGAAGAAUUUUUGGACGUUUCAUUACCCAUUAAAUCACCUUCCGCAGAUAACGAUCAAUUUAUGAAGAACGAAAACUCAUUCCGUUAUGAUAAUGCCGCACCAUAUAGAAGUAAUUCGUCCCAGAGUGAUGGUGGUGGUUCAGAAGGUGAAGAAACGAAUUCUGACGCUGAAACAGAGGACGGAAUUCCAGAGCGGGCAAGAACAAGGAUCGAAUUGCUUUUGAGAGAUCUUCCAUCAGAUUCAGGUCGAUCAAGUCCAAGCUUAUCAAAGGAACCAAGUAUUACGCUUCGAGAGUGUCUGAAAAGUUUUGUGAAAGUCGAAACUUUGGAAGGGGACAAUAAGUUUGCCUGUAACAAUUGUUGGAAGCGUAAGAAAAAGAAGGAAGAAAGUGAAUCUGCUGAUGAUUCAAAUAAACAUGGUAGCGAUAUGGAAGGAGUAGAAAUCAACGGACCUGGAGAACCGAUGGAAGGUGUUUUUAGAACGGAUGAUUCACAUCAAACAGAGGAUACUGGAUCGCCUCCUGUUGAUAGACAUGAUGAUGAUGAAAGGUCAUCUCCAAAAUAUGGCUACCAUGAAUCGACAUUCUCGGGCACUAGUUCUCAAACUACAUCCAAGCCCGUAUCAGAACCGGAAUUCAUUCUUCGUAAAGCUUAUAAAAGAUAUCUUUUUGAUUCUUUACCUCCCGUGAUGGUGUUUCAUUUAAAAAGGUUCCAACAAGUUGGAAGUAGGUGGUCGAUUUCAGCUAGUAUGAGAAAGAUCGAUGAUUUUGUGGCUUUUGAUGAAGAAAUAGAUCUUGCUGAUUUUGUUAUUCCGCCUGAAAUUGAAGAAGAAAAUGAAGUAAAUGGUAUUAAUAAUGAACAUAUUAUUAAUGGUAGUGUAUUGUCAAAUCAAAGUAAUCCAUGCAAAUUUGGUACCAAAUAUCGACUUUAUGGUGUAGUAGUACAUCUUGGAAGUUUAUAUAAUGGACAUUAUAUAGCAUACGUACUCUCAAGGAACAUUCUUAGUGAUGAUGAACAGUCAGGGGUACAUAAUUCAUCAUUUAGUGGUUUUGAUAAAGCAAGGGAUACUGAGCGAAAAAAUCAUAUAACAGAUGAUCAAAGGCAAUGGAUUUAUUGUAGUGAUAGUUCUAUAAGGGCUGCUUCAGUAGAUGAAGUACUAAAUAGUGGAGCGUAUUUAUUAUUCUAUGAACGUGUAUGUGAAUGA